CAUAUAAUAAAGUCACAUAGAAUUAGCCGGCCUAGGCCCUCCAGAGAAGCUGUGACGAGGACCUCGAUAUGAGUGGGAGAAGCGGGAAUCCUCAAGGCGGGAGACUCAAUCCGAAAGAUGUCUGAUGUCAUUACGAACACACGUGAUGGCAUCCAAGAUCCUCCGGACCCAAGAAGGCUCGGGCUCAUCCGCGGCUCGGCUAGUCUCUUCCCCUGCAUUGCUUGUUCCUUCACCAGCAUUGCUAGGUCCUGCUCUCGAGCGGCUACGAACGGCCUCGGUCUCGGCUUCACUCUCAUGGAUGCUUUCAUUUUGCUCGAUCACUCGGUGUUGAGGCAUUUCACCCUCGUUCCGGCAAAUGACACGAUUGAACUUCGUUUCUUGGAUCAUGUCUUCUUCACCGGCACCCUUGUGUCCCGUGAAAAGUGAAAGGUAACCACGGUUGGGAGGGUAGCGGAAAUACAAAAUUUAAUCUCCCAAUAGUGAUUACUAGACCAAGAACACGUACUAAAACUAUAGCUAGAGAUAGAAACUUAUACCUUCUCCGGUAAAGCGGUACGAAUGAGAAGUCGAGCAAAAGAUGUUGAAGGAGCAAACGUAGUUGUUGAAGCGUCCGGCCUCCAACUUUGACACACGAACAAUCUCCGGAGUCUACUAUAAUCUUUAUGCUAGUAAAGAUUAUACUAGUAU